GCCUCGUUGCGUUGGCCCAGGCGAAGCGCCAGGAGCACGCGAGCCGUGCGAAGGUUGCCAAGCGCGGGUACUGCUAGUCCCGGCCAUGUCUGGCUCUCACGCUCCAGAGGGAGACUGUUGUUGCUCACGGCAGUGCCGCGCGCAGGACAAGGAACAUCCAAGAUACCUGAUCCCAGAGCUUUGCAAGCAGUUCUACCAUUUGGGCUGGGUCACUGGGACUGGAGGAGGAAUUAGCUUGAAGCAUGGCAAUGAAAUCUACAUUGCUCCUUCAGGAGUGCAAAAGGAACGGAUUCAGCCUGAAGACAUGUUUGUUUGUGACAUCAAUGAAAAGGAUAUAAGCGGACCUCCACCAUCUAAGAAUCUUAAGAAAAGCCAGUGUACUCCUCUUUUCAUGAAUGCUUACACAAUGAGAGAAGCAGGCGCUGUGAUCCAUACCCAUUCUAAAGCCGCUGUCAUGGCCACCCUUGUCUUCCCAGGAAAGGAGUUUAAAAUUACACAUCAAGAGAUGAUCAAAGGAAUAAAGAAAUGUACCUCGGGAGGGUAUUACAGAUACGAUGAUAUGUUAGUAGUACCUAUUAUUGAGAACACACCUGAGGAGAAAGACCUCAAAGAGCGCAUGGCUCGGGCAAUGAAUGAUUACCCAGACUCCUGCGCAGUGCUAGUCAGACGGCAUGGAGUCUACGUCUGGGGCGAGACGUGGGAGAAGGCUAAAACCAUGUGUGAGUGUUAUGACUAUUUGUUUGAUGUUGCUGUAUCAAUGAAGCAAGUAGGGCUGGACCCAGCACAGCUUCCCGCUGGAGAAAAUGGAAUUGUAUAAAUAAAUGGAAAUUUACUGUAUAGAGAGAUAAAGGAAAAAGGAAAGUGAA